CUCUAAUUACUAAGGACAAUGACAGAAGAGCAGGAACAACAAGAAAAUUUUUACAGACAUUCGACAGUUAUAGUCGAUGUAACUAAAGAAUCACUUCAACAACUUAUUGAAUAUUAUUUGACAAACCAAGGCAUCACAUACGAAGACUUCAUCAGAAAGAUCCAACAUGAUCUCUACCAUCUUUGCUACAACUACUAUCCGUGCUGUAGUUGCCCUACUGGCACACCUUCACACUCAAAAGGCAGUAGGGUGCUCCAUCCGCCACAACUGACAUUAUUCACAGAUUCGGCUGGGGUAAAACUGCCAUGCCACAACCCGACUAGUAAAUCGGCGCCAAACUGUUGUUGUCCUGUAAAAGGAAACAUCACUAUACAAGAGCUUGAUGUGACUCUAGCUCGAGUUAUUUUGAUAAAUUUCCUAGUCCCUCCUACUUCCGUUGAAAGAAAAGCAAUUGGUGAUCUUGUCAAGAUAAGAAAUGAAUCUGCGCAUGCCAAAAAAGGAAAAAUGGCAAAUGAAGAGUAUAACCAAUCUAUUGAACAAAUCUCAAAGUCCUUACUGAUCAUUGCAAAUAUAUAUGGGAAAGAAACAGAAACUAAACAAAGACUGUUUGAAGUGUGUAGACAACCAUUUAACCUUUGGAUUUAUAUGAAAUUGCAGACAAUAUUACUUGAACAGAUAGAGAGGGACGACGAACUGAAGAAAAUCCAAUUAAAGAUACUUGAAAAACUCACAAAAGACCAGGACAAUAUUCCAGGAGAAUCUGUUUCCAUAGACAAUCUGCUUGAUGGUGCCACAGCUGUGCCAGGUUCUUCUCUAGGAAACAACACCACAUUGUCCUCAAUAAUGCCUCGAAACUAUCACGUCGUGUUUGGCAUUGAGGUAGAGAACUUGACGAAAUAUAAAUUAGAAAACUCCGAGACCUACUUGACUAGUGGGGAAAUUUCAAUACCAGCUUCAGACAUUCGUCCGGGAUACAAAGAGGCAAUGGUUGCAACGAAGAAACCAUAUUGGCCUGCAUUUGGAAUAUGCGGAAUCGUGUCGUGGCUUAUCAGUGGUUGCAACCGACGUCUGGUUAUUAUGUUCACGUUACCAUGGCCUGCAUUUCUAAACUAUAUGAAAUACACCAAUAAACUUUCCGUUGGUAUAUCCGACGUCGGUAUCACUGACCAUGAUAGCAAAUGGCACAAAGUUAUGAAAAAACUAAAUAACACGUACCCCGGACUUAACUUCAAAACUGAAGAAUAUAUCAAUUCCACAAGACCGGUGAAAAUCGCAGAUGAAACGUUCCAAGUGGGUGGAAUUAUGGGAACAGGUCAUCAAAUCGAGGCUAAAAUAGUCUUUAAACCAAAUAACGUGGAUAAUUUGGCACAGAAUCUAAAACAAGCUGAGACAAAGUUAUAAAUGAAAUUUAUAUGACUCUUUUUAUUAUGUGAUGCAUUCAUUUUUUUCACUGAUUUUUUUUGUACAUUCUGAACAUUGUCUUGAAAAGUAUGUAAAUGUAAUAA